AUGUCCCAGCUUCCCCCACAGACCGUAACCGUCAAGCGCAAGCGAGACGAGGAAGCAGUUGAUACUCUAAUCCUCGAGAACCAGACGCGCGGCCAUGUCAAGAGGCGGGUUGCCCCAGGCUACAUUUUCCGCCGUCAGGAUGCGCCGCGACGAUCCACUAGCCAGCAAGUAAACAACGGAGUUCCUGUCAUACGCACCACUCUUCCCGGGCAGGAGAAUGUUCUUGAUCGCCAAUUGCGAGCUCCGGCAGCAACCACCCCCGAAGUCUCCAGCGCGAGCGCACACCGCCGCUUUCACCUCUCAGGACGGGCAUCCGUAGAUUCUCCACGAAUCUCCGCAAAUGGCGUCACAAAGCGGGAAGGGCCGAUAUUUACAGAGAAGCGACGACCGGCGUUCCCGCCCAGCAGGAGACACGAAAGCCAUCAGCCUGUGGCAGCAGAUCCAUAUCGCGAACAGCCCGGCUUAGAUAUGACCGCACCACCUUUACGGAGGCCAGGCUCAACCACUCGUCUAAAGCCGCAUGGCUCGAACGAGUCAAUCGACAGUCACAAUAGCGUUGCAAUUACCCCGAACGAACCGCCGCCAUCAAACAUCCUUGCUGAAAUGGAGCGGUUUGCCGCGGAGGUUGAAUCCAGUGACGCUCAGCCGAUGUUGCCGAAUGGCCACACAAGGCUGAAGUAUAAACCCAAGUCUCCGCCGCUCAGAUACAAGGAUCGGCAUCCGGACACAGUCACGAUAGAGGUCGACACCGAGAUGAUGGACGUGGACAGUGACGACGGCGAUUUCGUGUACGAUACCUAUGUCCGUGAACCUGAUACCACGGUAUCCAUCGACGAGAUGAAUGGGAAUAUCGGCAUCCUAGUCAUCACAGAAGAAGACCAGGAGGUGUGGGAAUCGUACAUCGACGAGGAUGACAGUGACAAGGACUGGAACAGUGAAGAAGAGGACGAGAAUGCGGAGGACUACUACGGCGCCGACUAUCCAGAGGACGAAGUGGAUUCGGACGACGAGCGCGACGUUGGCGCUUAUAAGUAUCGACAUGGUGCCUCUGAUGACGAAGAGUUCAAUUCAGAUACAGGUGCCUGGAGUGAUGAGGGGGAGGAUCUGAGUUAUCCUUGGAGGCAGAAGGCAUGA